AUGGCGAUUUCAAAACUCAAGUUUCUUCAAGAGAAGAAAACUGCACUCACCAAGCAACAACGAAGACAGCUAGCGGAUCUACUUGGAACUGGCAAGGAGUCCAGCGCAAAGAUUAGAGUCGAAAAUAUUAUCAGAGACGAUAUCUACAUUGAGCUUCUAGAGUAUCUCGAGCUCUACUGCGAGCUUUUACUCGCCAGACUAUCCAUAGUAUUAGACACGCUGAAGCAUGAAGUCGAUCCAAAUUUAAAAGAAGCAGUGCUGCUGGUCAUCUACGCCUGUCAUCACACGGAAGUGAAGGAAUUAAUUGCAUUGGGAGAUUUGCUCAAACACAGGUAUGGCCCCGAGUUUUCUGCAGCCGUGCACACCAACUCCAACGGAGAGUAUGUCCCUAGCAAAAUUACAAAACGGUGCGCCAUUGACCCGCCUUCAGAGGUCCUUGUGGACUUGUAUUUAAGCGAGAUUGCGAAAACGUACGGUGUUCCCUACCUGGGUCUCAAGGAGGAGAUGCCGCCUCCUCUCUCGGAUCCAAAAGAUGAUGAUAAAGACUCGGGGUCAGAUUCUGGGAGCGGAGGUGGGCUUACGGAGGAGCCCAUCGCGGCAGAUUUUGAGCAGCGACCAAGUGUAGCCAGUCAGGUUGCUCCGAAGAAGGACGAGCUGGACUUUGAUGCGUUGAAAGCGAGAUUCGCAGCCUUAAAGAAGUAG